GAUACUUGGUGGUUGCAACUUCCGGUUGGAAAACACGUUGUGUUGUUUUUACCGUUUUCAGGGCUGAAGUUAAAUUGAAUGGUUUUGUCGUUAUUUUGCUGUCAACAUGCCACACAGAAAGAAGAAGAAGUUUAUUGAUAAGAAGAAUGCGUAAACAUUCCGCUUAGUUCACAGAAGUCAGAAGGAUCCCUUACAGGCCAGCGAUGAUGUCGGACAGCGAGUUCUUCUGCCUGUUGAAGAUAAGGAAGCAGAGAAACGUAAGAAUACUCAACGUGAGUUUGGAGUGUUCUUUGAAGAUGAUUAUGACUACCUUCAACAUCUCAAAGAUGUUGAUGAAACCGUGGAAUUUGAACCUGUGGACAGUUUCAGGAUUCAGGAGUCUACACAAAGAGCUAAACAGUCUGAUGCCACAGCCAAGGAUCCUAAAUUGAAGCUACCAUCAACUGUCUUUGCCUCUCAAGUUGAGACAGAGGUCGGCCUCCUCAACAAGGCAGCCCCUGUGUCAGGCCCACGUUUAGACUGGGAUCCAGACAUUGUUGCAGCCUUGGAUGAAGAUUUCGAUUUUGAUGACCCCGAGAAUGCGUUGGAUGAUGACUUUGUCUUGAAGGCUAAUGAUGCAGUUGAAGGGGGACAGGGGGAGGGAAAAAGGGAGGAAGGUGAAUGGACAGAUGAUGAAGAUAUCGCAUCUGAUGAGGCAGAUUUCUCUGAUGAGGCCAUGGACCAGCUUGGCGAUGGUGACAUGUUUGAGAAUGAGGAGACAAAGUCCCGAUUCACUCAGUACUCCAUGACAUCUUCUGUGAUUCGCAGAACGGAGGGACUUACGCUGCUUGAUGAUAGAUUUGAAAAGCUGUUCGAGGCGUAUGAUGAGAGUGAGAUCGGAGCACUGGACCAUGAGGACAUUGAUGGCCGAGUUGAACCCAGCAGUCAGAUACUGGACAGUGUUCUAGAUGAGUUCGAGAAGGAGCAGACUAAAGUGCAGUUGUCGGAUGUAGUGGGGAAUAAUGUAGUGGCCGAUUCCGAGAGCGAUGAUGACACAGAGCUGGUGAAGAUGGUCAUUGAGGAGCCUGGGGAGAAGUGGGACUGUGAAUCUAUACUUAGCACAUACUCCAAUCUUUACAAUCAUCCCAAGUUGAUAUCAGAACCAAGAAGUAAAAAUAAUAUGAACAUCAAGUUAACUUCAAAGCUGGGGAUUCCGCUAGAUGGGCUGGAACAGCGUGGACUGACACAGAAGCAGAUUGAGCAGGAGAUGCGUGACUCACAGAGGGCAGACCGGGCCAGCACGUUCAGGCCUCGGGGAGAGACGCCUGAGGAGAAGAAGGCCCGGAAGCUUGCCAUUAAAGAUGAGAGGAAGGACAGAAGAAUGGAGAAGAAAGCUAACAAGGUGGCAUUUGGAAAGGAGAAGAUACGCCAGGAUAAAGAACAGCACAAUCUGAAACAGAACUUGCAGGGGAUGAAGAUGAUUUAACCCAGGGAUGGAGAGAGCUUUUGACUGAUUGUACAGAACCCGCAGUAGGGAAGCUGCUUUAACCCAAGUUGGAAGGCAGCUUUGAACUCUCUGAUUGUACAGAACCCAGUGUGCUUGAAAGUGCUUUACCUGUGGUUUGAACAGAGCACUGGACUCUCUGAUUGUACAGAACCGACAAGGGUUAAGGUGCUUUAACCCUGGUUGCGAUGGAGCUCUUGACACUCUGAUUGUACAGAACCCACAGGGUUGAAGGUUCUUUAACCCAGGUUGAAAUUAAGAUGUUAAAUCUCAGACUACAGAAAUAGAGAGAUUUUUUCAGCCAGGUUGGAAUGGAGGUUUUGACCCUGUCUAGUAUGUGUACAGAACCUACUCUUGCUACAGGUGUGAAGACACUAUUACCGAUGAUGAAGCAGGGCAGUGGACUGGCUGACUCUCUACAGAACCUACAGGUCCAUGCAUCCUUGGUGUUUGUGGCAGCGGUGUAACUAUCUAGAAGGACAGAUCUAUACUCAUCUGUAAUUUAUGUAUGCAAAUCUUUUAUGUUAAAGUUUACAAAUUAUAGUCAUCUUGUGGUGAACAACAAUUGGCUAUGUGAAUUAUAUAUAUAUCAAAUUACAUAUUGUGACUGUUCUGGCCAUCUUCAUAUCAAAUGGCAUAUUGCAUUAUAUGUUGAGAGCAGAUUAGUGCUGAAUACAUUUCAUUGCUGGAGAUCUCCAUCACUAGCCUUCAACAGUUCAGCCCCUUCCAGCGUCAAUACCAUUAUUUGUGGUGAGAGUGGUAAUUAGGAAGGUCAAGGCCAUGAGUAUGUUGAUUUGCUUGUGGGAACAAACCGUGGGAGUGUUUCACCAUGAAAAAGGGGGAAUGAUCACAUUCUCAGGAUGAUAAUUCUCAAGACCCAACCAAACACACUCACCACAUAGGCUAUACUGGUUGGACUGAAAUAACAUAGUGCUCUAAAGUCUUCAGGUUUGCUGAGCAGAGUUGCCUCCCUUAGAUGAGCCAGGAUCUUCUGUACAAAUCACUGAUUCACCCUGAUUGUGAUCCUCGAUCCCUGUUCCACAAAGAGAUCUUAGCGCUAUGAUUGUGGUAAAUCUGUGUUAAAGUGUUGCAGUUAUGGCCAUCUUAGCACUAUGAUUGUUGUACGUUUGUGUUAAGUAUUGCAGUUAUGGCCAUCUUAGCGCUAUGAUUGUUGUACGUCUGUGUUAAAGUAUUGCAGUUAUGACCAUCUUAGCGCUAAGAUCACGCUGGUGAAUUGGUACGCUCGGGGCUUUCAUCAAAGAGGUAGAUGUUAAUGACCUUUGUACCGAUGGGCUUUCCUCCCACAUUAGGUUAAAACCCUGUAAGAGUGAAAUAGUGUUUAAAGGAGUGUUGAUCCCAGUUUCCUAAGGCAGGAAUUUUACAGUCAGAAUUACACCAAGAACACCUAUUGUAACUCUACUGUAUGACAUAUUUGAUAUGUCCCAUUAUUCUCUUUAUUUUGCACAUCAGGGGUUUUAAAGACAUUUAUAGUUUCAUAACUGUUAUCAGGUCGGCAUGCAGAAACGAUGCAUUUUUCUAAAUUUAUCAUAUUCCUAAUUUUGCUCUUUUAUUGCCACGAUUACAGAUUGAUAGGCAUCAUAUUAUAUUGGUUUAUGGAGUGUUUUAGGUUGUUAAGUAACAUGAAAUCUUUUUAUAUGCAUUUGAGUGUCAUUCACUCAAAAUAAUUGUUGUGGUCAGAAGAAAUCUGUCUUUUUUGUUGUCUAUGAAGAAAGUGUUACUUUUAAUGGCAGACUAUUACAUUUGUGUUUGAAACAUAACAUAAACAAGUACUUGCUGUGGUACCUAUGUGUUUGCGGUUACUCUCCUUUCUGAAGUGUAUCCAGGGAGAAUGUACAUAAUGUAAGUGACGCUGGAACAAUUCUCCAUGCAGUAGUACACUAUAUCACAUUGUGGAGCUUGAGAGAUGAUACACUUUGUUGGGAGUUGUGAACUGUCUACUGAGAAAGGGGAGAUAAUUCUAUGCAUAUACAAUUUUUUUAUUAUAAUAUGUGCGAUGUUUUUCCCGUUUGAAUACUAAUACCUUUAUCAAGCAAGUGAUCAUCACCAAUAUGUUGAAUAUAUUGUAAUAAAGAAGUAUAUUCAUAGAAAUAUGUCCCUUAUUCAUCACACCAACUUCUAUAAGCCACUCAAAGAAGUUAUCUGCUGAGUAAGUGAGUGAGUAUGGUUUUUUGCCACUUUUAGCAAUAUUCCAACAAUAUCACGGUGACAGACACCAGAUAUGGGCUUCACACAUUGCACUCAUGUAGGGAAUCGAACCCGGGCCUUCGACGUGACCAGCAAGCGCUUUAACUACUAGGCUACCCCACCGCCCCCUGCUAAACCGAUUCUGAUUAACGGUUUAUUGAGCUUGUGACAUAAUACGCUUGGUUUGGCAAUGUAAAAUAUCUGGUGAACCAUGUAAGACAGUUCUAUGGAUAUGCAACUACUUGUUUACAAUAUAUGCAGUGUUUCGGUGUAGUCGCUAUCACCGUUAUCAAGCAAGUGAUCACCACCAAAAUGUUUCACAUAUUGUAAUGGCAAGUAUGUCGACAGAACUACCUCCCUUGUUCAUCAUAACAGCUUCUAAAAUAUAUGGAUGAACAACUUCUCUAUUACAGUGAAUGAGCCGAUAAAUAGGUGUAUAAUAUUGUUAUCUACCUUAGUGCUCCAACUUCUAAAUGCCUUUGAAAGAAGGCAAGUUAUCUGCUGAACCAAUUCUGGUUUUUGGUGAUUUUUCUCCUCAUGAACAUAACACAUGUUUUCAAACAAGUUGUUAAUUGAUGCAGAUCACGUGAUUCAUGACUAUGCUGAACCAUGUCAGCCCCAUUUUCACUUGUAGUGUGUAUGGUCAGUAAGAUGGAAUAAAACAAAAUAUACUGGAAAAUUACGCUGUAAA